UAGAAUGAUCCUCCCUGGGGACAGGUGAAGGUCGCUCCUUGAAAGGAAAAACACGCAGAGCAGAGCGGCACAGAGAGAGAGAACGAGUGGGUCAAGUUAACAAGAGGCAGUCUAAGCCGGUUCUCACCCAUCUGAACUCAACAAUUAUUAACUUAUUUUUUUUUUUAGAAAAUUCCAUCCCUCAGAGAAUGCCAAUAGCUGAUCUCCUUGGUGUUCAGUUCGACAUGCAACUCCUGGGGAAGCUAUCUGUUUCUGUUGUGGCUGUGCUGCUGGUCUCCUGGGCUUACAAGUUCUAUAACUCCAGGGCCAGGACAGUAUUCCAGGAUGAACCCAGGGCGCGGAAUGCAGUCCCCCCAGGGUCUUGUAUCGGAUGCAAUUCGGAUCUCAGGCAACGACAGAAAAGCCUGACCGGCGAUGCUGAGAAGGUGGUGGAGAAAAAGGAAAAUGAGACCAAGGAGGAUUUAAGCACAGCUAAAGAUUCAGUGAAUGGAAGCUGGUCCAUACAGAAGGAUAUUGCAGUACAGAGCCAGGAGAAAAGAGACGGUGCACUUGAAAAGGACAACAGCCUUUCUAUAUUACCUGAGAUCCAAGACCAUGAGCAAGGUAAAUCAACACUCAAUUCCAGUUCACUGAGUAACAAUGGACAUGUGAUUAAUGAUGCAAUAGAACUGGGCAUUGACCUGGUUGUGGAGAAACCAGGAGUUGAGAAGAUGGAGGAGCGUGGGAAGAAUUAUAACUAUUAUGUGGAGUCAGUAUCUCAUUCCAUCUCAGAUGACAGCCCCUAUCAGUCAAGCUACUCCACUCCUGUCCACCGACGCUACAAGGAAUAUACGCUACAAGAUGCCUGUCUGAUGGAGUUGGAGGCCAAGUGGGAAAGGGAAAGGGGAAGGGGAACCAACAGAGGAGGCAUCAGCAGUAGUGACCAAAUGCCAAGCUUAGCCCCUACUUCAGACUCUGUUUUCCUAGAAGAUCCUGAGAUCAGCAAUUGGGAUUCUUUAACACCAGUGCCCUCUCCUAGAGGGAGGCAAGGAUCUGGCCUGAACCGAAAGGACAGCAUGUUGCAGAUUGUGGAUAAUUCAGACCUCCAGAUUCCCUUUAUUGAACCCAGGGCUUCUACUCCAGUAAACAGUAGUUCUAGGACAGCAUCAUCAGAAGACUUCUGCUCAAGCCCCAUGAGUUCCCUAACAGACUCCAGUUCACUCCUCGAAGGUGGAGAACUCAGUGUAGAGGUGGUAGCCAGGGCUAACUUCUUCCAAAUCCCCCUAGAUAACAUAGGAAGCUCCGAAUUGGAGGUCCUCAAAUGUAAACUAGACCUGGGUAACUGCCUGCAAGCCCUGAGCUUGGCCAGAAAGCACAAACUAGAUGACCUUCAAGAUGCAGCUUUCAAAGUAAUGUCAGACAACUACUUGCAAGUCUUGAGGGACCCUGAGCUGUAUGGCAAGCUGAAGGCGGAUGAUAGAGAGAAGAUCCGGACACAGAGACUGAAAGGCAAGAGGUUCCUAGUGGUGGCUGAUAUGGAUCCUCAGGACAGACUGAGCUACAAAUCCCAGUCUGAGACAGAAGAAAUUGCAACAUCAAGCAGUCUCCACUACUAUGAUGACUAUAAAGAUUCCUGGCACCGUUUGGCCAGCCUUCCCAAAGAGGUCAUCUCCAAAGGCUGCUCCAUGUGCACCAUGGAUAACUAUCUUUUCAUUGCAGCUGGUUGUCAAGGAACAGCUUGGGACCUAAAGCCAUCCAAACGGGUGUUCUGCUACAACCCAGUGACCGGCAUUUGGAAGGAGAUCUGUCCUAUGAACCAAGCCAGGCCACAGUGCAAGCUGGUCGCAUUGCAGGGCUACCUGUAUGCAGUGGGGGGUGAGUGCCUUUACACUGUGGAGCGGUACGAUCCUCGUGCAGAUAGAUGGACCUUUGUGGCGCCUUUGCCCAAUGACACCUUCGCUGUGGCCCACCACGCCACUGCCUGUAAUGGACAGAUUUUUGUUUCUGGAGGCACCCUUAGAUAUACCCUCCUCCGCUACAACCCUAAGACCAAUUCCUGGAAGGAGAGCAUAAUCACGGGAUGCAAGGAGAAGACCACUGAGAUGGUGGCCGUCAGGAGUUUCAUCUACCGCUUUGACAUCAACACCACGUUGGGCAUCAGUGUCUACCGUUACCAUGCCAUGGCCAAGCUGUGGUAUGAGUGCUGCACCAAACGCCUGCCCUACUCAGCCUCUUUCCAGUGCACCACCAUCGACAACAUGAUUUACUGUGUCAACCGGCAGUUCACCAUGAGAUUUCUAGCAGAUGAGAUAUCUCCUGAUUUUGUUGCUGAUGGCUUGAAAGUCCUUCCUACAGCCAAGGGUGUCUUAUUUCCAUUUGUUUUAGUACUACCUGUGACGAAGACUGUGCAGACCAGAGUCUGAAAAAGGUUGGUUCUAUUUUGGGGGGCAGUGAGAGGUGUGGUGGCAGGAGUUGCAACUGCUGUCCUCAAGACACUCAAUUAGAACUACACAGAAAUCUUUAUUAAUAAUUAUCUAUUUUACUCCAAUGGCAGAUAUUUCUGGAUUCUUAUCUUCUGGUUUUGCACUUCCAAAAUGAACUAAAAAUGUAUUGAAAAAAAAAGAAAAAAAAGUAAACUCUAAUGCAUUUAUUUGUUCUUUAAUCCAGCAAAAGACUAAAGACCUACUAUAGUUUUAAUUUCCAAGGGUGUUCAGGCAGCAGAUACUCAUAUUGCAGUUUAUUCAAACUGGUGCACAAGCGAAAAUGUACUGUACAAGAUAAAUAUGAAUACAGAGUUAUAAUUAUCAUGUUGCCACUAGGACAAGAUGUAAAACAAAUACCUGGAAUGCAGUUAUUGUUGAACCAAAGUUUUGACCCCUUAAUGAUUUGUGAAUUAGCAAAUUCUAGGCUAAAGAAAUGAACCUGGGACUUUGUCUUUAGUAUCUACAAGUCAUCAAGUUUCUUAUUUUAGGGUGGUGAUGUGGGGUUCAACUUUCAAAACAAACCUAUGUUCAGAAAUCUGGCCUAAAAAGAUAUGUAAUAAUAUAUAUAUAUAUAUAUAUAUAUAUAUAUAUAUAUAUAUAUAUAUAUAUAUAUAUAUAUAUAUAUAUAUAUAUAUUUAUAGCAAGAGGCCAGCUAUAUAGCAAAACAGUCGGACCUGUUAUUAUUUAUGUUAAAACUUACAUCUUAUAUAAACAUUAAAAUGCUUCUUACUGCAUGUAAAGUGUCACUUGAGAGAUCUGUGUGCAAGAACUGAAAUUUUUAACUCUAUCUCGACUCCUGGUCACUGUUUUGUUUUUUUUCAAGCCUCUCAGUCUCUUAUCACAUGCACACAUAUCCAUAUUUUAUUUAAGUUGCUUUUGUGUGUAGUUGAUGUUCAAAUUUCAAAUUAGACCAAGAAGGUUGGAGAAGUGAGAGAAGGAGGAAUAUGAAUGAAUUAAAUGCAAUAUAGGACUAGUUUUAUAAUGAAUAAAGACUGACUGUCCAAAUGUGUAUACAACAGAUUUGUGCUCUAUUCAGCGAUGUGUAUUUUUCAUAUGCAUUGCCAAAUAUAUCUUGAAAAACAAAACAUUCCUGUUUUAAAUAUCAUAACAUGCAAAUCUUCUAAUAAAUCAGAUCAGAUUUCUUGGUUUGAGUUAAAUUUAUUUAUUAUUUGGUUUCUUUUUUUCUGGAAAGAUAUUGAAAAUUCGCAACACAUAUAAAGAAAUAUUAUCUGUUAGUGGGCUCUGUAAUUGUCAUUAAUAUUUUUGCUGUUUGUGUGAAGUGUUGUUUUAAAAAUAAAAGUUAGUUAGGAGUUAGUGUUCUUUUCUUCUUCGUACAUCCGUCAGUAUAAAUAAUUAUUGCGAUUCCGCUCUCCGUUGUAGAUUUCAACAAAGAUAUUGUAUUCAAUACAGUCAAACAGAUGGUUAUUCCAUUUCCCCUGAGCACAGGUCAUAACAGAAUAAACCAGACAAUACAAUGGUGUAGUUAAUAUAGAGUUAACCUUAUGACAUCACUUUUUUUCCUUUAACCCAAUCAGAAGAAAACAAGUUUCUUAGUUAGAGUUAUACAAAUCUCUUGUCAGCCCUUGAAGUAUCUGGUUCUGUCCAGAUCCCCUUAAAGGGCUAGCUUUUAUGACCCCUUAUAAACCAGCUGUAUUUUCUAAGCAAAACCUAUUUAUAUCUAGUUUACUAUUUGGGAAGAUGAUUAUCAAUAGGUUUGUAGCUCUGAUACAAAACAGUGGUCUCCCCACAAGGCAAAUAUAUUUAAUGUUAGGGCUGGACAUCAAAGGAUUUGUUUUUACAACAUUGUCCUGUUUGGUCAGUCUUUUGUUCUAAAGACAAAAGCCAGGAUACAAUCAGCUUCCCGGGUUCUAACCAGAAUUCAGGAAAAUAUGUUAAUCAGAUCCCUAGUCUCAUUAGACAUUUAACUAGAACCUAUGCUCAAUUUAUGAGUUGUAGUCUAAGACCUAACAAUUAUGUAGGUGUUAACAUACAAAGAACUUGGUUUCAAAUGCCCGUUACGUUAUCAUGCCCUGCUCCUUUAUAUGCAAAAUAACUUAAAGCCCAUGGAUAAUAUUCUGUAAUAUUUACACUUUAUUGCAAUGUUACAGUGUGUUAUAUAGCAUGACAAUAGUCUCUUCAGAAACUCACUAUUUAAUAAGUUUAUAAAACCCUCAAUGUUACAGAGACAGCUAACCUGAGUCACUACUUCACAUGUAGCUCAGAGUAGGAAGAAAAGUCUGAGUGAAAGUAAGUUGAGAACAGAAGGUAGGAAGCACUUUUUUUACACAGUUUCAAAUGAAUGGAACAUCUUACCAGGUGAAGUACUAAUAUCUAUAAAAGUGGGAACGUAUAGAGUGUGUCAUCACUGACAUCAGAUACCCUCACUAAGUGCAAAUGAUGUGGUCAGAAGGGCCCCGAUGGGACGAACAGCCUCUUCUCAUUCCCAGACUGUUCUUAUGUUCCUACAAGCCUGGUUCUUAUUAAAUAUCCCCUGAGCAUUUAUGAUAGAGACUAUUAUCUGCCAGGUAGGAGACCUUUACAUAUAAUUGCCCAUAACCGUUGUUUAAAAUUCAUUCCAUGAAAACAAGGUUAGGGUUGAAAUAACCAGGACCCUUAAUUGGGCAUGCAGGAGAGCUUGAGUUACUUAUUUUUGGAAAUAACCCGCAAUGUACGUGUGGAGAGAUUUGCUAAGGGCUCUGAAGGUUUCAGAAGCAGCCCUGUGCUGGCUUGCUUGUUUUGCAUGUAGCGUGGGAGUGAGAGCUGAAUACAGUGGAAGCAUUUUGUUACUAAUUUCCUCUAUGAAAAUGUUGAGUAGGAGACUGAAGCGUGUCUUCUGCUGUUGCUGUGUUUGGGAUGAAUAGCAUGGCAUUGAUAUGACAGAAUGUGCUGUAGAAUAUUAGAACUACCAGUAGUCAAGUUCUGCAUUAGAGAAUCAAAUUAAUAAUGGAGUUGACAGCUUUCUUGCGUGUGUAGCAUUUUCAUCCAUCCACGGUAUGCUCUUAAAGGUUGCAACUGCACACGACAACUUCAACUACAUCAUAAUUGGGGAAGUGUAUGUUUUUUUUUCGUUUUUUUUUUGCUAAAUGUCAUUUCAUAAUUACUAUAUAUGAUAAUAUUUCUCCAGAAUACAAAGUUAUCAGCUUCUAAGGAGGUCAAACCAGUCAUCUAUACAAGUUAAGAUUAAAAGGUUUACUCUCACCACUCCAAAAUACAAAUGAAAAAAGACUGUACUAAUUAAUUAAAAAUAGUAUAUAUUUAGCAUAUUAAAAUAUUGGAAUAAGUUAUCAUGAUGACAUGCAUAAUGAUAGCAGCUAUUGAAACUUCAGUGUCAUAAUUACAGUUAAUGCUGUCUCUGUAAUAUUUAACCAAUGGGCUGAUUUAUAAUUACAGAUUAAGCUAUAUUAAUCUUAAUUUUGCUCUUAUCUGCCCCCUAUUUUACUGCAUUUAAUCCUGUACUUCAGAAUACUGUAAUCUGCCAAAUGUUUAACCUGUAGUACUUUGUAUUUAAUCAUAUCCUGAUGUAACUAUCACUAUUUAAUCAUAUCCUGAUGUAACUAUCACUAUUAUCUGCUGUAUCAUUGAAUUGUGGUUUGUCACACUUGUACUUUGCUUGAACAAAAGUUAUUGUAUUUCUUGCUCUUAUUGUAUUACUUGUAUUGUAACACUUGAAAUGUAUUUGCUUGCGAUUGUAAGUCGCCCUGGAUAAGGGUGUCUGCUAAGAAAUAAAUAAUAAUAAUAAAUAAAAAAUAAUACCAGGCACUUUAAGUUUCAAAUUACGAUCAGUACUCUGAACAAUGUCAUGUGCUAACUAGUUUGAAUUAGCGGGAGUCUACUGUGAGUCAAUACCCUUGUACAAUACUAUAUAUAUAUAUAUAUAUUACACAUGCUCUGUUUGACUCAUUUGCGUACUGUGCACUGUCCACUUGUACA